UUUAAUACUUGUAUCUCUGACUUUCAUUGCUUAUAAAGAGAAGCAGGAAAGAAGCAGCAAGAGGCAGAGUUGGAGAGAACCAGUUAGAGAAGAUGGCUGAUUUUGUUCAAAAAGAUGGGUCAGAAAAUGGAGAAGAGAGAGCAGAUGUUCAAUCACCACCAAAAGAGAUCAAAGAACGAAAACUCUCAUGGGCCAGACUCCGGCGAGUCGAUUCCCUGGACUUCGAAGCAGGGAGAGUCUCUGGGGCCACCGGUCAUGGCAGCAGGAAGGGGUGGCUGACCGCACUAAACCUAGCCUUGCAGAGCAUUGGGGUGGUGUAUGGUGACAUAGGAACAUCUCCACUAUAUGUGUACUCCAGCACUUUUACCCGUGGGAUUGACGAUCAAGAGGAUAUAUUGGGGGUCUUGUCCCUCAUUAUUUACACCAUCGUACUUAUAACCUUCAUCAAAUAUGUCUUCAUUGUUCUCUUUGCCAAUGAUAACGGUGAUGGGGGGACAUUUGCCCUCUAUACCUUGAUUUGUAAGCAUGCCCCAAAGGUGGGCUUGAUUCCAAACAUUCAGCAAGAGGACAGAGAAAUCUCCAACUACAAAUUGGACAAACCAUCUAGCCAUUUGAGGAGGGCUCAGAAAGUAAAAGAAUUUCUUGAGAAGAACAAAGCAGCAAAAACCACAUUGUUUCUGGUCACAAUGAUUGGGACAUCAAUGGUGAUAGGGGAUGGGAUUCUGACUCCUUGCAUAUCAGUUCUUUCUGCAGUGGGUGGGAUCAAGACCGCAGCAUCAUCCCUUAACCAAGAUGCUGUUGUUGCAAUCUCAGCAGUGAUCUUAAUCCUCUUAUUUGCAGUGCAAAAAUAUGGGACUGAUAAAGUAGGAUACGCAUUUGCUCCUAUCGUUCUGAUAUGGUUUAGCUUCAUUGGAAUCACUGGAAUCUACAACCUCUUCAAGUACGAUGUUGGUGUCUUGCAUGCAUUUAACCCACAAUAUAUUGUUAAAUACUUCAAAAGAACUGGUAAGCAAGGAUGGAUAUCACUUGGAGGCGUCCUGCUCUGCAUUACAGGCACCGAGGCCAUGUUUGCAGACUUGGGUCACUUCUCUGUAAAGGCCAUUCAACUUAGUUUCACUGCAAUCGUAUUUCCUGCAUUGUUAUGCGCAUACAUUGGGCAAGCUUCAUAUUUGAGAAAAUUCCCAGAUCACGUCGGUGAUACUUUCUAUAAAUCAAUUCCAGGUCCAAUUUAUUGGCCAACAUUUGUAGUAGCUAAUGCCGCAGCUAUUAUUGCCAGUCAGGCUAUGAUAUCUGGUGCUUUCGCGGUCAUAGCCCAGUGUCUACCACUAGGUUGUUUCCCGAGAGUUAAGGUGAUUCACACUUCUGCAAAGUAUGAAGGUCAGGUGUACAUACCAGAGUUGAACUACUUUCUCAUGGCGGCCUGUGUGAUCGUUACAGUUGCCUUCAGGACGACAAAUAAUAUUGGAAAUGCAUAUGGCAUCGCAGUGAUAGCAGUUAUGGUGAAAACCACAUUUGUCGUAACAGUGAUUAUGCUAAUGAUAUGGAAGAUAAGCAUAUGGUUGGUAGCUCUCUUCUUUGUAGUGUUUGGAGUAGUUGAGCUGGUGUAUCUGUCCUCAGCUUUGUACAAAUUCAAACAAGGAGGUUACCUUCCACUGGCCUUCUCAUUAGCUUUCACAAUGAUAAUGAUUACAUGGCACUAUGUGCACAAGAAGAGGUACCAGUUUGAGCUUGAAAACAAAGUCUCUGAUGAGUACAUGAGUUCGUUGGCCAAUAAUCCAAAUCUAAUCCGGAUACCAGGGAUGGGAUUGCUAUAUUCUGAACUCGUCCAUGGAAUACCCCCCAUAUUUUCACAUUUCAUUUCAAGCAUACCAUCCAUCCAUUCAGUUCUGAUCUUCGUCACGAUUAAGUCCAUUCCAGUCAGUAAAGUGGCACUAGAGGAGCGAUUCCUCUUCCGACAAGUUGAGCCUAAAGAGUAUAGGAUGUUUCGAUGUGUAGUGAGAUAUGGGUAUAACGAUGUAAUGGAUGAGCCAAAGGUGUUUCAGAGCCUACUAGUAGAAUACUUGAAGGAGUUCGUUAGACAGCAAGAUUUCUUUCUUGAAACUGAGACCACAGAUCAAUCAAAUGCCAACCAAGAGGCAAAAGAAAGCAAGCAAAGAGCAUCAGGGUCAUCCACUGUUUAUGAUGAGCGCUGCCUGCAACAAUCUUCCGGACCCAUUCAAGCAGUUACAUCUGCUCGGUCAAGAAACUCCUCUAGCCAGAUUAUCAGCGGACCAAUUCAGGCACCACAAGAAGAGGCACAGUUCCUUCAAAAGGCUUUGGAUGAUGGGGUUGUGUAUCUUUUGGGAGAGGCAGAGGUCACAGCAAAGGCGGGAUCAUCGCUGCUGAAAAAGUUUGCAGUGAACUAUGCAUACAAAUUCAUUCGAAAGAACUUAAGAGAUGGAGAGAAAGUAAUGGGUGUUCCAAGAAGCAGGAUGCUUAGGGUUGGAAUGACAUAUGAGAUAUAAAGAAAGCGUCCUACAGUUGAAGCUGUUGCACAAUGCAUUAACAGUCUGAUAAAUGAGGAUUAGCACUAAACCUCAGAAAAGAAAGAAAAACAUUUCUUCUUGCAAUGAAAACAAAGUUGAAUAGAGCAAAGAGGAGACUCAGGAGCUAAGGAAACAUUUAUUAUUGAGAUAUGAGAGAGAUUUGUAAAAUGGGAAAAUGGUGUGAAGUAUGACAAUGAACUUAUGUUGCUUUUAUUGAGAGAUGAGAGAGAUUGUAAAAUGGGAUUUAUGCAGUGUCCUAGGCAAUCAAAGACGUAAAAAGUAGCAGUAUAACUCA